AUGGUAAAGGCGGCAAGGGCGAAGCCGCGUGCGAAGCCGACCGUGCGUGCCGCGGUGUUUCGCAAGAGGAGCGAGACCUGGAAGAGUGACCUGUCCAUCAUCAAGCGUCUCCGUGCCGGGAGGACGGCGCCGGUGGACUCCAUCGGGUGCGAGCGCCUGGCGGACCCCAAGGCGUCCAAGGCGACCUACGAGUGGCAAUGCCUGGUUGCUGCCAUGCUCUCCUCGCAGACGCGGGACCAAGCCACAGCAGAGGCCAUGGCCGCGCUGAAGCAGCACGGCAACACGGUGCGGAGCAUUGCCGCAACGCCCGAGGCCAAGCUUGCCAAGCUGAUCAGCGCUGUGGGCUUCCGCAAUGUGAAGGCGAAGAGCCUUCGGGCCGCUGCGAAGAUCUGCGAGUCGGAGCACAAGGGCCGCAUUCCGCAGACCUUGGAGGGCCUACUACAGCUGCCAGGCAUCGGGCCCAAGAUGGCGCACCUCGUGAUGCACAGUGCCUUUGACCGCCAGCAGGGCAUCUGUGUGGACACGCACGUGCAUCGCAUCGCCAACCAGCUUGCUUGGGUCCGCAGCCGCACUCCGGAGGAGACCCGGGAGAAGCUGGAGACCUUGCUGCCGCGCAAGGAGUGGUCGGACAUUAACGUCUUGCUGGUGGGGCUGGGGCAGAUGCAGCAGCAGGCCCUGGCUGAGCUCGUCUCGGCCGCACUGCACGUGCGGGGCCGCGCCGCCAAUCUGCGGCUGCUGACGAGGAUCGGGGUCAAGCUGCGCGCCCAGCGCUUCCCAGAGCUGGAUGCGCUGGCGGCCAAGGACGCCGCCUUGCGGCGGCUCCUGUCCUGA